UACAAAGUUUUUUUCUCAGAGUCAGCCUCACCAAGCGCGAAAAUGUGAAUUGAAUUUCGCAAUUGAAUUAAAUCGUCCAAAGCCGAACUUAAACCAGGCCCAAAACAAUCAACCAAGAGCAGGACAAAAGCUGGACAGGAGGUGAGCGACCAGAGGAUAUUCUUGUGUAACGCGUGUCCCAAAAAACUGCGCAGUAAAAAUCAAUACCAAGUGGCACGCAUCGAUACAUAAAUGUAAAACGGCCCGAAGAAAAGGGAAGAUGUCCGACGACGAGGAGGAUUCCGUGUCCGAGGGCUUCUCGGCCAGCGAGGACGAGUGGAAGCCGAGCAAGGACGCCAAGGGAGGCGAGUCAUCCGACGACGAUGACAGUGACUUCGAUGAGCUGCAGGCGGAGGGAGGAGCGGCAGGCUCCAGCGGACGAUCUUCCGCGGUGGCGGGAAAAAGGGGCGAUCACAAGCCGCCGAGCGGCAUCAAGGGCUCCUCGGUGAAGAAACGCAAGCCCACUGGUCAGUCACUACGCUCCAAGCUGUACAACAAGUACCGACCGCCCCCAAAGACCUUUCCCACUUCACCAUCCCAACAGCAGGAUAACUCGCCCCGGGCUUCUGGUUCAAAAAACGUAAGAACGCCCAAUGAAAGCGGUGCACGGGAUCAGCACGAUCCCGCUGAUUCCAGCAGCGAAUCCAGUGUGGAAGACUACCUGGUGAAUCCCGCCGAUCUCGAUCUGCACUCCACCUUCUUUGCCGGCGGCCAGAAGGAAAAGGAGAAGUCGCCGGCGCCCCAAUUCGAUUGCAAUGCGGGCAUCACGAACCUCUCGGACUCCGGCUCCGGAUCAGAGGACAACAACGAGAGCAGCUUCGAGGAUAAAGCAGGCAAUGCCUUCGACUUUCGCGGUCUUCUGGAGAACGCGAACAGCUUGGAGCGCACUAGGGAUGCACUGAGCAAGCGGAAUGUCACGGCCACUCCGCCGAGGAGCCAGGCUGCCACCAUGGAUGUCAAUGCACUGCUUGCAUUGGGCGAGAACCAGAACUACCAGAGUGUAGAGGUAGAGGAACGGGAGGGGAAUCAGCGAAGAAAGGCUGGAGGAGGAGCACCACCAGCAGCGCCUCCGACUCUGGAUGAACCGUCGCGCCUGAGCAAGACCAAGUCGACACGGAUAAAGCGCCACACCAAGACGCGACCCGUGUCCACAGUGGUCGCCAAUGCCGGCGACACCGAUGAUUCCGAUUUUGAGGAAGUGGCAGAUGCGGAUCUUUCCAGCGACGAGGACGAAGACGGUACCCCAAACAUCUCUGGCGACCUGGAGAUUCACGUGGGCCUGCAGGGACUUCGUCCCACCAAGGAGCAAAAGACCCAGCAUGAACUGGAGAUGGCCCUAAAGCGUCGCCUCAACCGGGACAUCAAGGACCGCCAGCUGCUCCUGCACAAGGUCAGCCUGAUGUGCCAGAUUGCUCGCAGUUUAAGGUACAACCGCCUGCUGGGCGAGUCAGAUGCCCUGAUGAAGGCUGCCCUUAAACUCCUGCCCAGCCAGAAUGCCUAUCCCACGGAGCGGGGCACCGAACUCAAGUAUCUUCAGUCCCUUGUCACAUGGUUUAAAACGGCUGUCAAGCUGCUGAGUCCCAAUUUAUAUUCCGAGCAAUCGGCGGACAGCAAAAAUUCCAUUUUGGAGUCUUUGCUGGAGCAGAUCAAGCGCAAGGAAGCCCGCUGCAAGCAGGAUAUGAUCUUCAUAUUCGUUGUUCUUGCGCGGGGAAUGGGCAUGCACUGUCGUCUGAUCGUGAAUCUCCAGCCGUUGCCUCUGCGUCCGGCGGCUAGUGAUUUGAUUCCCAUUAAACUUAAGCCAGAUGAGAAGAACAAAAGCCAGACGGCCAAAUCGGAGGAGGAGGAGAGUGAGGCUGAGGAUGAGGAGCCCAAAAAACAUAAGAAGCCAGUGAAGCCAGCAGCAGCAAAGAAGGAAAAGGUAAGCAGUAAGUCAACUGCUUCAAAAGAGUCUGAAAAGAAAAGCAAAGAGAACAGUCCGAAGAAAGAUAGCCGUAAGCCUGUCAGUAAAUCAUCUUCCACUUCCAAACCCACAAAAAAAGAUGCGGAACCCGCUAAAUCAAGUAUAGCCAAGGAUGAUAACAAAGUUUUGAAACCCAGUCUCUCCUCAAAACUGGGUGAAAAAGCAAAAAAGCUAAAAUCCAGUAGCAGUUACAGCAAAUCCGAUACUUCUGUUGAAGAGAAACCAAGUAUCUCAUCCAGCCCCAAACCGUUAAUAAGUAAUACAGAACGUUCUAAAUCAAGUUCAUCGAAAAUGGAAGACAAAAAGGUUUUAAAGCAGAGUCUGUCCUCAAAAUUGGUUGCAAAAUCAAAGAACCAACAAUCUUUAAGUUCCAGUAAAUCAGAUACUUCUUUUGAGGACAAGCCAAGUACCUCCAAGGCAGCUCUUAACAUGUCUCCCGUAGUAGCUAAACCACAGUUGUCCCUGCUGAAAAGGGCCACCACUCAUAAUAUGGCUGAAGCAGGAGAAAGCAAGAAAUCUAGGAUCGCUCCAUUAGAAACCUUCUCUCCAGUAGCCGGUCGCACACGGAGGGGCGCAACACAACGCAAAGCAGAGGAGAAACCACAGUUGAUUGGAUCCCCAGUCUUACCCAAACUGGUGCUGUCCAAGGUAAAGCAGCUAAAUGCCAAGCACAGUGAUGCGGAAAAUGCUAAUCCGGCAGAGAAACAUUCGCAGGAGCAACGAAGCACCAAGGAAACCCGAUCGCGAAGCAAGUCCCCAAAGGUACUCAUUUCGCCGACUUUUCUUGGGGGCAAAUCCGCUGCAGUCCAACCCAUUCAAGCUCCUCAAAAGAGCCAAAAGAGUCCGGAAACCAAGGCUCGAAUUUCUCCAAACUUUCUCUCUGAAGCAGUACCAACCCGACAACUGCGAACCCGUGACCAAAAAGCCAGUAAGCUGGCCAUUCCUCAGUUGGAUGGCGGCGACGAUGCCCCGCUGCCUAAAAAGCGCAUUCGGCUGGACAAGCUGAAAGUUUCACAGGAAUCCGAUGAGGUGUUCGAGCCUGCCAAGCCGGUGAAGAAGGCUCCUGUACUGCCCAAGUCAGUGCAAAACCUGCGCAAAGAUCGGCGAGUGAUGUCCACAGAUGAUGAGGGCGGCUCAAGGGUUAAGUGUCGAUUGGACGCCUCUGACAUGUGGGUUGAGGUGUGGUCCGAGGUGGAGGAGCAGUGGAUCUGCAUAGAUAUGUUCAAAGGCAAACUGCACUGCGUCGACACCAUAAGGAAAAAUGCAACGCCAGGAUUGGCCUAUGUAUUUGCCUUCCAGGACGAUCAGAGCCUAAAGGAUGUGACCGCCCGAUACUGCUCCAGUUGGUGCACCACUGUGCGCAAGGCCCGCGUAGAAAAAGCUUGGCUGGAUGAAACCAUCACCCCGUAUCUCGGGCGACCCACUAAGCGCGACAUUACGGAGGAUGAGCAGUUGCGCCGCAUCCACGCCAAUAAACCCCUACCCAAGUCCAUUACCGAAUUCAAGGACCAUCCGCUUUAUGUUCUGGAAAGGCACUUGCUUAAGUUCCAAAGUCUGUAUCCGCCCGACGCGCCCACUUUGGGCUUCAUCCGUGGAGAAGCGAUUUACUCAAGGGACUGUGUACAUGUCUUGCACUCGCGGGAUAUCUGGCUCAAGAGCGCCCGCGUUGUGAAGCUCGGCGAGCAGCCUUACAAGGUGGUCAAGGCGCGUCCCAAGUGGGAUAGGCUAACUCGCUCUGUUAUUAAAGACCAACCACUGGAGAUCUUUGGCUAUUGGCAGACUCAGGAUUACGAUCCACCUACUGCAGAGAAUGGAAUAGUGCCGCGAAAUGCCUAUGGCAACGUUGAACUUUUUAAGGCCUGUAUGCUGCCCAAGAAGACAGUGCACCUGAAAUUGCCAGGUUUGUUGCGCAUCUGUAAGAAGCUGAAUAUCGACUGUGCCAAUGCAGUGGUAGGAUUCGAUUUCCAUCAGGGCGCUUGCCAUCCCAUGUACGAUGGCUUCAUUGUUUGCGAGGAGUUCCGCGAAGUGGUGGAGGCCGCCUGGGAAGAGGAUCAGCAGGAGCAGGUCCGCAAGGAGCAGGAGAAGUACGAAACCCGCGUCUAUGGAAACUGGAAGAAAUUGAUUAAAGGUGUCCUUAUUCGCGAGCGGCUUAAGAAAAAAUACAACUUCUGAAUUUUCUGAUUUAUGUCCGUAUUAUUGUUUUCUUUGAAGUCUCUUUGAUUUUUUGUGCUUAAAACUUGUUUUGAUUCCAAUAAAUUGUAUGCUUUAUAUUUA